AUGACGCUUACCUCCUCUAUCAACAUGGACAGAAUUCAUGAGUAUGAUUGCACAGCAUGGAGUCGGGAAAGCCCCCCCGAAGCACCUACUGUUGACGGAGUCCAAACAAUUCAUCCUUUUCAUGGACAAGAACAACGUCAGCAACACACCACCUCCGUCCAGAGAAACGCCCCUCCCCCACGAGCUCAAAAGAAACCCCAAGAGGAUGCUAAGGGGCUUGACGUGGGCUGGCAUGCGAUGUGUUUUUUCUACUGGGUGAUGGCUUUGAUUACCAUGGUAGUGAUGGCCAAGAUCUAUAGGGGAUUGUUUCCGACAACCUGCGGUGUUUGA